AUGACUAUCACUCAAGAUGUGUUGGAAGAUGUUGACCAAUAUGAAGCUCAACCUGCACCAACAGAAUUUGAAGCAGAAGGCCAAGCCACCGUGGAUGACCUUCGUGAAAUAAAUCUGGGUGAUGAAGGAGAAAACAAACCAACCUUCAUUAGUGCAAAUUUAAAGGAAAAAGAAGCUCGGCAAUAUAUUUCCUUUUUAAGGGAGUAUCAUGACAUAUUCGCAUGGAACUACAGUGAGAUGCCUGGUCUUAAUCUAGAGAUUGCAGUCCAUAAGCUUGCAAUUCACCCUGAGAAACGGCCAGUUAAACAGCCUCAGAGGCGAACUCGACCAGAGCUUACAGCCCAAAUUGAAGCCGAAGUCGAUAAGCUUAUCAAUGCAGGAUUCAUCAGAGAAGUCAAAUAUCCAACCUGGCUAGCAAACAUAGUGCCAGUCAAGAAAAAAAAAUGGUCAAAUCAGGGAUACAAUCAAAUCCGAAUGGCACCUAAAGAUGAAGAAAUGACUGCAUUCAGGACUCCGAGAGGAGUCUUUUGCUAUAAGGUAAUGCCUUUUGACCUGAAAAAUGCUGGGGCCACGUAUCAAAGGGCGAUGACUGUAAUUUUUGGUGAUAUGCUCCAUGACACCAUCGAAUGCUAUGUUGAUGAUCUUGUCAUCAAGACAAAUGAAAAAGAAAACCAUGUGGAAGAUUUGAGAAAAAUCUUCGAACGUUUGAGGAGGUACAAACUCAAGAUGAACCCACUAAAAUGUGCAUUUGGAGUUUCAUCAGGAAAAUUUCUUGGGUUUGUGGUUCGAAACAAAGGGAUUGAAAUUGACCCUACCAAGAUUAAAGCCAUUGCCGAAAUGCCUCCUCCACGAAAUUUAAGGGAAUUGAAGGGGCUACAAGGGAGAUUGGCCUAUAUCAGAAGAUUUAUUUCUAACUUGGCUGGUCGAUGUUUGCCGUUCUCAAGAUUGAUGAAAAAGGGUGUUCCAUUUGAAUGGAAUCAGCAAUGCCAAAAUGCUUUUAAUAGUAUUAAGGAGUAUCUUUUGAAGCCUCCAGUACUUAUGAGCCCAAUAAAAGGAAAACCACUUUUGUUGUAUACAACAGCCUUGGAUGGUUCGUUAGGGGCAUUGUUGGCACAACAUAAUGAGCAUGAGAAAGAAAAUGCCUUGUAUUACUUGAGUCGUACUUUGGUUGGGGCAGAGGUCAAUUACUCCCCUAUCGAAAAGACAUGUCUUGCCUUGGUGUUCGCCUUACAAAAACUAAAGCACUAUGUCUUUGAACACGAAGUCAAGUUGAUAUCAAUAGCAGACCCCUUGAAAUAUAUACUUUCACGGCCCAUACUUUCAGGGAAAAUUGCAAAGUGGGCUGUAAUUCUCCAACAAUUCGCAAUAGAAUAUGUUCCCCAAAGAGCUGUAAAGGGGCAGGCUCUAGCAGAUUUUUUGGCAGCACAUCCUAUACCUGAUGACUCACCUCUAGUAACUGAUUUACCAGAUGAAGAGGUUAUGCAAGUAGAAAUUCAGAAAGGAUGGAAGAUGUAUUUUGAUGGAGCUUCAAGGAGUCCAGAUGGCAAAAAGCAAGAAAAUCCUAAAAACAAUAAAGCUGGAAUUGGAAUUGUGUUUGUGACUUCAGACAACGCUAUAAUCACCCAUUCUUUCGCCUUAAGUGAAGAAUGCUCCAAUAAUGAGGCAGAAUAUGAAGCUGUAAUUGCUGGAUUAGAAUUGGCAUUACAAAUUCCUAUUGAAGAACUCUCAAUUUAUGGAGAUUCGGAACUGGUGGUAAAGCAACUCCGUGGAGAAUACAUUGUUAAGAAAACAAAUCCCAUCCUGUAUCAUGAAAGGGCUGAUCAAUUGCUUUCGCAAUUCAGAAAAACACAUAUUUUCCAUGUGAAGAGAAGAACAAAUGCUCGAGCUGAUUCACUUGCAAGUUUGGCUGCAUCACUCACCCUACCAGAUAGCAAAACAAUUACUAUCACAGUAGGUGAAAGAAGGGUGUUACAACCUUUAAAAGAGGUUUCCGACUUGGUUCCAAUCUUGGUUGUCACCACGAAAGGAGAAAACGAGGAAGAUUGGCGGGAACCAUUCAUAGCUUACCUCCAACAAGAAAUACAUGCAGGUGUAUGUGGGGCACACCAAAGUGGUCCUAAAUUACAUAUGCAGCUAAAACGGUUGGGAUACUAUUGGCCGACUAUGAUUGCAAAUUGCAUAGAUUAUGCUCGAAGAUGCCAAGUUUACCAAUUCCAUGGGAACUUUCUCCACCAACCCCCAAAGCCUUAA